GAUUGUGCCCGAAGGUCGCGCAUGCGGACAAAAGAUUCCGGAGGGUCGGUGGCUGGUAGGGACGGAGCUCCUGGCUGGGGUUUCAUCAGCACCUGGGUCCGCACCUCGACUGGGGAACGAUUGCUGAGAGCUCCGGGCAUGCCGUGGCCCUGCACCCUGGUGCAGACCAGGUUACAAAAGACAAAGCUGUGUCUGUCGGUUCACUGGCGCUUGAAUACCAUCGAUCUUUGAAUGUGGAGGAGGAGAUUCUUGUGAAGACAGCACUCCAGUCACAGCAAGGAGAACCUGAACACAUGUUGGGUGUAGGGGUGAGAUUUGGAUGAACUUGUCUGGAGAUAAACCUUUUAAAUUGCCUUCUAGUCACUGAAGGAGAGAACAGAUAUUUUCUUUGUAGUAGCAAUAUAUUCAUUGUCGAUCCUUGGAGAAGAUUUAUCCAUCCCAGCUGGAAAUGUGCGUCUGCUUUGAGUCCAAAAUGAAAUUUUCUGUUUUAUGUCAAUGAAAUCCACUGGCAGCGGGAUGCUGAGAACCCACCAGCACUCGUUCACCAGAGAUUAGUUCUUCAACUGCAUUGAUAGUACAAGAGAGUCACUACGUCUGACGUCUGACUUGACGUGUCUUCAGAGAAUUGAUAGAGAGAGAUCAUUCACCUGCACUCAGUGUGGGAAGGGAGUUACUCACUCAGCCAAUCCACUUGACACAAGUGAGUUCACUGUGGGAAAGGGCGUGUGUGGGAAGGGAUAUUCUCACUCAUCCAGGGUGAAGAUACAUCAGCACGUUCAGACCAUAGUGAUUCCGUUGACCUGUUCUAACAGCAGGAGGCAGUUAGAUACAUCAGAAAAUUCACUUCAACAGGCCGUUCGCUUGAUUCAAGUGUGGGAAGGAAUUUACUCUGGUGUACCACCUGCAGGCACUCAAGCAAGUUCGAAGUGGGAAGAGACUGUUUAUCUGCACGUGUGUGGGAAAAGAUUCACUCACUGAUCCCACAUGAUGAGUCACCAACAAGUUCACACUGGGGAGAAGCCAUUCAUCUCCUCUGAAUGUGGGAAGGGAUUUACUCAGUCAUCUCACCUGAUGAGACACCAGCAACUUCACUCUGGUGAGAGACCAUUCACUUGCUCAGAUUGUGGGAAGGCAUUUACUAAGUCAUCUCACCUACAGACACACCAGCGAGUUCACGCUGGGGAGAGACCCUUUAUCUGCUCCAUCUGUGGGAAGCGAUUCACUUGGUCAUCUGACCUGCUAAUACACCAGCGAGUUCACACGGGAGAGAAACCGUUCACCUGUUUUAUAUGUAGGAAGGAAUUCAGUUACUCAUCCCACCUGAUGAGGCACCAGCGACUUCAUUCUGGCGAGAAGCCAUUUGCCUGCUCGGACUGUGGGAAGGCAUUUACUACAUCAUCCCAACUGCAGACACACCAGCGAGUUCAUAGUGGGGAGAGGCCGUUUAUCUGCUCUGUCUGUGGGAGGGGAUUCAUUCACUCAUCUGAGUUGCUGAGGCACCAGCGAGUUCACACUGGGGAGAGGCCGUUCUCCUGUUCUGAAUGUGGAAAGGCAUUUACACGGUCGGCCCACCUGCAGGUACACCAGCGGGUUCACACUGGAGAGAAACCAUUCACUUGUUCUCUGUGUGGGAAGGGAUUCACAAAUUCAUCCCAUUUAGUGUUGCACCAGCGAGUUCACACUGGGGAGAGGCCGUUCUCCUGUUCUGAAUGUGGAAAGGCAUUUACACGGUCGGCCCAUCUGCAGGCACACCAGCGGGUUCACACUGGAGAGAAACCAUUCACUUGUUCUCUGUGUGGGAAAGGAUUCACCAAUUCAUCCUGCUUAGUGUUGCACCAGCGACUUCACACUGGGGAGAGGCCAUUUACCUGCUCAGAUUGUGGGAAGAGAUUCACUCUGUCGUCUUCCCUGAAGAAACAUCAGCAAGUUCACAGUGGGGAGAGACCAUUUAUCUGCUCUGUCUGUGGAAAAGGAUUCAAUGAGUCAUCUGCUCUGCUAAAACACCAGCGAGUUCACACUGGGGAGAGGCCGUUCACCUGCUCUGAGUGUGGAAAGGGGUACACUCACUUAUCCUACCUGAUGAGGCACCAGCGAGUUCACUCUGGGGAGAGGCCAUUCAGCUGCUCAGACUGUGGGAAGAGGUUUACUGAAUCAUUUCACUUGCUGGAACACCAGCGAGUUCACAGUACGGAGAGACCGUUCACGUGUUCUGAAUGUGGGAAAGGAUUUACUCGAUCAUCCCACCUUGUGACGCACCAGCGAAUUCACACUGGGGAGAGGCCAUUCUCCUGCUCUGAAUGUGGAAAGGCCUUUACUCAGUCAUCGAAGCUGAUGAGACACCACAAGCAAGUUCACACUGCGGAAAAAAGUUUAAAGUAGCUUUUUUGUGGAAAUUGAAUGAUCAGUUGCUGAAUAUUUAAAGGCGACUGUUCAUGUUAUUGCUGCUGCUUAUCACACCCUGUCCUGUACCCUGGUUACUGGGCAAGGGAGGAGUUUCUUCUGCUGACGUUCAUCUUUAAUGGACUGGAGCUGGAAAAGUAGGCUCCUCAUCCUGUCUAUAAAUGUGCAUCUGCUUUGUCCGAAGUGAAAGUUUUCUGUUUUAACUUCUCAUUGGAGCCAGAGCCAUGAGAACAUUGCAGCUUAUCUUCACUCGACGUGAGAUUCUGAACUGAUUUCUGUGAUAAAUAGAUCAGUUCUGGUUUAAAUCUCGUAUCUCAGGUCCUUGUUGAAUCUGCUGCACAUUCAGUGUACUGUAUAGAGGCCACUCUGCCCAAUGGGUCUCUACUAGCGUUUCUGUUCCACCUCCUCCCAUCACCCUGUAGCAAUGUUCUUACUCGAUCUCUGUUCACUCAGCUUCCCCUUAAACCCACCCUGCAGCUCACCUCAGGCUGUCUCUGUGGUGACGGAUUCUGAAUUGUCGCCACUCUGGAUGAUGAAGUGACGUCACCAAUCAGCUGGUCUGUGACAGCUUGCCCUUGGCUUUCCUUCAAACUUCACUUUUGCACAAGGGCAACCGUCACCAAGCUGCUCUGAAACUUCUGCUCAGAAUUGUUAAUUUUAUAUGCUUAUUGACCAACUGAAACCUUGUGCAGCUUCCAAUCCCUUAUUUCCGUACAUACAAUACCAGUCAUGAUGCAUUCUUACAGGUAGCAAUAACCAACAAAACUACAGGCUAUUUACACACACAAAACACUUGAGGAACUCAGCAAGUCAGGUAGCAUCCAUGGAGAAAAAUAAACAGUUGGAGUUUUCGGGCCGGGAUCCUUCAUCAGGACUUGGCAGACCAAAACUGCUGUUUAUUCCCCAGAAGGAGAAAUCAGUAUUCAUGCUAUGCAUCAUCUCCCACAAGUGGGUCUUCCUGAUGGCCCAAGAUUUUAAUUCCGAUUCCCAUUCUGACGUGUCGAUCCAUGGCCUCCUGUUGUUCCAGGACGAGGCCAUCCUCAGGGUGGAGGAGCAACACCUUACGUUCCGUUUGAGUACCUCCAACCUGAUGGCAUGAAUAUCAAUUUCUUCUCCUGGUGAACAAACUCCCCCCCACUGUCCCCACUUCCUCUGUUCUCCACUCUGACCUUUCACUUUGUAACUCCCUGGUUAAAAUUUUUACUGCUAUGCUGUAGGUAUUUCAUUUCAGUAGUUCUGUAAGAGCAAUGUGUUCUGCUUUCAGCAUGUUUGGGUUUGAGCUGAAGAUACGGGGCUGUGAUGUUCAGCUUAGGAAUGUUGUGUCAUCCAAUCAGGAUGGUGGAACUGAGAGAAGGUUCUCAAGAAUGCUGGGCAGAGAAAUUUUUGUGACGGACACUGGUGUGGUGUUUUUCUUUAGCGGAAGCUGGGAGAAGACAAGAGGGAAGAUGGCUAAGGAUGCUGUCCCUGUUGCACAAGAUGCUUUGUGUAGAUGAAUGGCUUCAGGAGGAAGGACCAACACUGCCAUGGGAGAGCCUGUUUGUUCGAGAUGGAUUUCGAGCAACAUUCAUAAGUUGGUGUGUGCUCUCACGCAGACUGUGGGUCCAGCACGUGGUUUAAAGAACAACUUCAAAAUGAGCUCCAACUUGUGUGCACAUUUGGACUGGGUUAAACUGUAAUGUGCCCUCUUCAUUUUCUUUUUCUACAAACUGU